AUCUCGGACCCGAACAUAUCGAUCAUCGAUCAUGCCGGUCAGGGAUCGUCCAUAUAUUACGUAAGACAUUUUUCUUUUGUUUAUAUCGCUGUGUCCUUUUCAACUUGAUAAAAAUAUUAUUUUCGUCUUUAUUCAAACAACAGAAAAACGUCUUACGUAAUAUAUGGACUAUCCCUCAUCGAUGACCAUGGGCCCGCAGUUGGACUCCGAUACCGUGUCGAAAACCGAACGGACCUCUUUUUCUAACGCGUGGACAUAGAAAAAGAGGUUCGUUCGACUUUCGACUUCAAAACAGCAUCGGCGUCGCUCUGCUGAUGUGGCCCAUGGUCUGAGCCUGAGUCCCAACCCUGUGGGCCCAACAGUACCGCAGAAUACCAAUCUGCACACACCUGUGGAAUUGGAUUCUAACAAGGCCCAAAGUGGACCGAAAUGGCCUCCGCAGGUAGCAACACGUCAACAAGUCUUAAAGUGUACCAAAAGCCAAAUAAAAUCAACUGUGUAUAAAUUCUGGUCACAUGGGGUGGCCUUAUUGUUGAAUUAAUGGUUUUUAAAGAUAAUGGCUAAUUACCACGAGCGAAAAAAUCAAUCAGCGCCUUAUCAGGAGCUAGAAGAAUUUCAUGGGCCGGAUUUAAAUAUUUCAUCCCGAAAUAGUAUAACGCGGUACAAUGAUUGCGACAAUAGGAUUGAUCGAUCAAUGGAACUUAAUCCCACGGUUAUUGUACCAGAUGACACGUUUACUGUUGGGCAAGCAAUUAAUUCAUUGGGCUUUGGAGGAUUUCAAGUUAAAUUAUCGUUGGUCACGGGACUUUGUUGGAUGGCAGACAGUAUGGAAAUAACGAUACUCAGCAUUCUUAGUCCUACUUUGCACUGUGAUUGGAGUAUUACGAGAUAUGAGCAAGCUGUUACAACAACGGUGGUGUUUUUAGGAAUGGUACUUAGUUCAACAUUUUGGAAUAACUUGAGUGAUAGGUACGGACGAAAGAAAACACUCACACUUUGUGGAGUUUUGCUCUUUUAUUACGGAUUUCUUAGCUCAUUUGCUCCAAACUUUAUGUGGAUUCUACUACUCAGAGGAUUAGUCGGUUUUGCUAUUGGAUGUGUGCCACAAUCUGUCACAUUGUAUGCAGAGUUUCUUCCGGCUGAACAGAGAGCAAAAUGUGUAGUUCUAUUAGACUGUUUUUGGGCAUUGGGAGCGUGCUUCGGAGUAGUUUUAGCUUUAAUAUUGAUGCCAAGCUUAGGAUGGCGUUGGCUCCUUGGGAUAUCGACGAUACCUCUACUUCUUUUCUCUUUAUUUACUCCGUGGCUCCCGGAAUCAGUUACAUUCGACUUGCUCUCAGGACGAACAGAUAGAGCAUUGAAUACCUUGGAACGAGUAGCACAAGAAAAUAACAAACCCAUGCCAGUGGGUAGACUCGUUUUGGAUCGAAUGCAACCCAGUAGUAAAAGUAGAUGGGGAGAACUGCUUAGCAGGGAAAUGUGCAAGACUACAAUUUUGCUCUGGAUUAUAUGGAUGGCGAGUGCAUUUUGUUAUUAUGGGAUCGUAUUGAUAACCACAGAACUGCUCAAUUCAUCUUCCGAGCAAUGUAACAGUCAAAUUUUAAAAUCCGAAUCGGAUGCUAAAUGUCAAGGAAAUUGUAAGCUGACUCGUGGCGAUUACAUUGACAUUUUAUGGACUACGUUGGCAGAAUUUCCUGGAAUAUUUUCAACAAUAUUUUUAAUAGAAAAGUUGGGCAAAAAACUAACUAUGGUUAUUCAAUUACUGCUGUUUGCAUUAGUCGUAUGCUUACUAAGCAAAGCUUGUAUCCUCAGUAGAUUUGUUUUAACAAUAGGACUUUUUCUGACCAGAGGCUUAAUAGCAGGAGUUUUUCAAGCCGCAUACGUUUACACUCCAGAAAUGUAUCCCAAUUAUUUACGUGAUACCGGCGUUAGCACAUGCACGGCAAUGGCCCGUUUUGGCGCAAUGAUCACGCCAUAUGUAGCAUUAAUUGUUUUACAGUCGUCUUCAUUAACAGCUAUGGGCAUAUACGCCAUAACUGCCAUUUCUGCUGCAGUGGCUAUUAUAUUGUUGCCGGUUCAAGGAAGAACUUGCUAAUUUUUUUUAUCAUUUUAACGAAUUUGGAAGUAGCAAAGGAUUUUUUUUAUUUUCUUAUUGUUUCUGUCCAAGGAUCGUUUUGUUACUAUUUUCUACAUUCUAUGUAAUAUUAUUUUUACCAGUAUUACUUUCCUCUACAAAGAAAAUAUUUAUACACAUUAAAGAAAUUUUUAUAACAUUUUAUAUGACGUGCGUUGGUAAUUAUUUGAUCUAUGUCCAAUAGACCUUUCGAUCCUAGGCGUCGCCAGUGUACACAUGCUGGAAUGUGACUUCUUUUCCCACGGCAAGAAGAGAAGAAUUCAGAAUCUGAAUUCCGAUUAAUACGUUAACUUUCCAAACUUCUAUUCCACAAAAUGAAUAGAAAUUAUGCAUGUGGACAUAUUUUGUGGACAGAUUAGAAGGAAUUAAAGUAAUCGGAAAUAAAGCAUGUAAGUAUGGAAUUAAAAAUAACCUUGACAGAAAAAUUGAAAUUUCCAAACUUAAGUUGCUCACGAAGGAAUAGAAGUAAGCGCACAUAUUUUGGGACAGAUUAGAAGGAAUUAAAUUAAUGGAAAGUACGGCUUGGAAUUAAAAAUAACCCUGAGAGGUGUGUCUACUGCUCGGAUUAAGCGGAAUUAAAAAUGUGGAAAAUAUGUUUCGAACAGUUUUGUGUCGAAAUGUAUGGAAAAUGUUACCAAUAAAAAAACAACAGCAAAAAAGAAUUGGUUAAAUAGAAGAUAUUUUAAACGUAGGAAAAAUAUGAAGUAUAUUUAGGAAAAAAGUGCGGCGACCGAUCACAUUGUUUACACCUAGCGGCACCUCUGUCAUCUUCAGCCAAAUCUUCGAAAAUAAAGCAAAAAUCAUGGAAGAUGAUGUUCCGGAAGCAAAAUUCCACUGGAACGUUCAAAGAAUAAAUUAUCGUUAUUGUUAUUAUUAUCAAUGAAUAUCCGAUAAACCGUAAGUGACAAGUCAAAGUUAAUGUCAGUUUAUAAUAUAGGUAACAUAUUAUAAUGUAGUAUAUAC